CCAGGGGGGAGGCUGCCUGAAUGAUCUCAUCCCUCCAGCAGCUGCAUAGCGCAGCGAGGCAAACCCGUAACUUUGUAUCAAACUUCCAAGUUGCCUUUCGUGUGAGACACCGGCGCAUUUUCGGUUUGAACCGGAGCGAACACGUUCCCCGCGAAGGAUAGUGGGUUUGGAGUUUGGAGAGAAAAAUGCCAAGCAGCAGUGUUGACACAGUUGAGGAAGCAGUAUGCAGGCCUGAGUGCUGAAGAGGUGGGGUUGCCCCUUCCCUUUUUCUGCCUCUUCCCUUGUUGAUCCAGACAAUCAACCUGCUCAUGAAGUCAGGGAGCAGCAUCCCAUUCCAGAGGCAGCGAUGCCUCCCUGCUAAGUGCCUUUAGCCAUUGGCACUGGUGUCAUGACCAGCCUGAAGGGCCCACCCAUGGAGCGCACCGUUGGGGGUUAUCCCGCCACUGAUGAGUUUUACACCCGCCACCUCCGUAUGGUCAAUGGAGGGGCUGUUCCAACCCGCACAGAUAAUGUCCAUGCCACUGUGAGCACAGGAGUGCCUAAAAUGGGUGUCCGGGCUCGGGUGGCUGACUGGCCCCCAAGGAAAGACAUUGCAGGGGUUGUGUGGAACUCCGCUACAGAGCCUGAGAACUCUGGUGUGCCCUCUGCUACAAAAAGUCACAUUAAGUUAGGCUCUAUAAUGAGCCCUCAGGACUCGUCAAUGCUGCGUAACAUUCACAAUACUUUGAAGAAUCGAACCCAUGCCCAGGGUAACAACUACAGCCCGGACACCCGUUACCUAGUCCCAGGAGACUACAGAGGUCCUGCACAUAGAAACCCACGACAGAGACGCAUCCGUCAGCGCAGCAACAGUGACAUGACCAUCAGUGAGAUGGAAGGCAGUGGAGACAGUGGAGAGGAUUGGAGUCCAACAUCGGGAGCCAAAUGGUCCCCUCUUCAUCGUGAAUAUGGUAGCACCUCCUCAAUAGAUCAGCAUGGAGCAUCUGGAGAGAGCUUCUUUGAAAUGCUUAAGGGCUAUCAAGGGGACAAAUUUGACCAGCGGAGCCCUGCUCCAGAGAAACUGGAGGACAUGCUAAAUGUUGGGCCCAAACUGACCAACGUUGAUCUUCAGGAGGAUCCCACAGAAGGCAAGCCUCCUAAAACCAAGGACAGAGAUAAGCCCCCUAAGAGAAGAACUAAAUCCGAGACAGGGAAUGAGUCUAUAUUCCGUAUACUUCGGAACGUGCGGGGUGAAUCAGACUCCCCCAGAACAGGGUCUGACAUAGAGGACAGCCGGACAGAGGACAUGGGCCCCCCUCUCAAGCCCUGGGUGUGUCAGAAAGGCUUUGCACACUAUGAUGUUCAAAGCAUGCUGUUUGACCUCAACGAAGUUACUCAGUUACGGCAGAUUGCAGGCAAGAGGAAAAAUACCACCACAGGGGCAUCUGCUGCCGCUGUAGCCUCGGCUACCUCCACCCUCUCGUCCACACACAGCCUGCCUUACAGCUCCCCAAGUGGAAGCCAGGAAGAGCUCAGUUCGAGGGACAGUCCUGGCCUGGACGCAGGAGAUGAACAAAGCAAUGAAAUGCUGCUAAGUUGCCCCUGCUUCCGCAAUGAGAUAGGUGCCGAUGGCAAUGGGAGGCGUAGAUUGGGAGCAGGCGGGGUAGGUUAUCAUGGGCUUGUGGGUGGUGGUGGAGCAGGUAACAGUGGCUCAGGGACCCUGAGUGGGGAAGGAAACUUAUAUGAAACAUCUGUGAGCACGCACUGCACAAAUGCUGGAGUAGCAGUGCUAGAGGGCCCGAAGGAAGGCCCCAGCACACUCAGUGAAAAGGGCAAACAAUACAUUGUGGAGCAUGUGGACCUGGGAGCCUACUACUAUAGGAAGUUCUUCUACCUUAGGGAGCACUGGAACUACUUUGGGAUGGACGAGGCGCUGGGUCCAGUGGCAGUGAGCUUGCGCAGGGAGAAGCUGGAGGAGGACAAGGAGCACGGCCAGCAGUAUAACUACCGCCUCAUCUUUAGAACCAGCGAGCUGACAACUCUUCGAGGUUCCAUCCUGGAGGAUGCAGUGCCUUCCACCUCUAAGCACGGCACCACCCGCGGGCUGCCCAUCAAAGAGGUACUGGAGUACAUUCUCCCUGAGCUGGAUCUGUCCUGCCUCAGACUGGCACUCAACACACCCAAGGUCACUGAGCAGCUGAUGAAACUGGAUGAACAAGGGCUGAGUUUUCAAGUGAAGGUCGGGGUGAUGUACUGCCGAGCCGGCCAGAGCACUGAGGAGGAGAUGUACAACAACGAGACGGCUGGUCCCGCCCUGGAAGAGUUUCUCCAACUGUUGGGGGAGAAGGUUCGCCUCAAGGGCUUCACCAAGUACCGAGCCCAGCUGGACACCAAAACGGAUUCCACAGGCACUCACUCUCUAUACACGACUUACAAGGACUAUGAGAUCAUGUUCCAUGUGUCGACUCUGCUGCCUUACACACCCAACAACAAACAGCAGUUGCUGAGGAAGCGCCACAUAGGGAACGACAUAGUGACCAUCGUGUUCCAAGAACCUGGCGCUCACCCCUUCACCCCCAAGGUCAUUCGCUCUCACUUUCAACAUGUCUUCAUCAUUGUACGGGUGCACAAUCCCUGCUCUGACAACACAUGCUACAGUGUGGCUGUCACCCGUUCCCAGGACGUUCCCUUGUUUGGCCCACCGAUCCCCAAAGGCGUGACCUUCCCAAAAUCCACUGUCUUCAGGGACUUCCUGUUGGGCAAAGUCAUCAACGCUGAGAACGCAGCCCACAAGUCAGAUAAGUUUGGUGCCAUGGCAACACGCACACGGCAGGAGUAUCUGCGGGACUUGGCAGAGCGUCAUGUAACCAGUACUCCAGUAGAACCCACUGGAAAGUUCCCCUUCAUCUCUCUGGCACACAAACGACGGGAGAAGGUGCGCCCAUACAGUGGGGCGGAGCUCCGGAGCCUUGGGGCCGUGACCUGGCAGGUCCAUGCUGAAGACCAGGUAGCCGGAGCCGAACGCGAAUGCCUGUUGGCCAUUUCAAAUGACUUCAUCAUCUUAUUGGAUCAGGAGGCCAAAGCGGUCGUGUUUAACUGCGCCACGCGUGAUGUGAUUGGUUGGUCAACGGGGAGCCCCGCCUCCAUGAAGAUCUACUAUGAGCGUGGUGAGAGUGUAUCACUGCGCUCCAUCAAUAACAACACGGAAGACUUUGGAGAGGUUGUCAAAAGACUGGAGCUGUUGACCAAGGGCAGUCAGACCACAGAGAUGACCCUGCGCCGUAACGCCCUGGGCCAGCUGGGCUUUCAUGUCAACUUUGAGGGCAUUGUCGCUGAGGUGGAGCCCUAUGGUUAUGCUUGGCAGGCUGGGCUCAGGCAGGGCAGCCGAUUGGUGGAGAUUUGCAAGGUGUCGGUGGCUUCACUGUCUCACGAGCAGAUGAUCGACCUGCUCAGAACCUCUGUUACUGUCAAGGUGGUCAUCAUUCCCCCACACGAGGACUCCACACCACGCAGAGGCUGCUCAGAAAUCUACCACAUGCCACUAGUGGAUUACAAGAACCACAAGGAGGGCAUGCCCUACGAGUUAAAGUUCCCCUUCCGCCCCACCAACAACAACACCAACACCAAGUGGCCGCGUACCUCAUCCAGCCCUCAAACACGAGCUGCCGGCACUGGGGGAACGCUGAUUAAGGCUCCACCUUCAGACUUCAGUGACCGCAACUCUGCUGCUAUUCCCCGAAGUGUGUCCAGCGAUGGGCGGCCACUCAACCCCAAAAGAUAUUCGCCAGGGAACGACAACUACGCUCUUGCCUGCUCCAUUGUGAUGGGUCGAACGAUGCACAACAUAAACUCCCCUUCCAGCCUCUCCUACACAGACACCAUGAGCUCCAACCACUGGAGGCAGAAGUCGAUGCCUGAUGGGUUUAAUAACAACUGCCAGUCCCCUGUGUCAUCUACACGACAUGUGUCAGGUGAGGGGAUCAAUGGGAUCAAAGCAGGCUCUAGCACUGGUAUUGCAUGGUCCCGACCUGGGGAGGGGGAAGCAGCCAGUAGACAGGGUGACAAAACCAGUGCGGACACUGUUGUUUCCAAGGCAGUGAUUCCUCGACUUCAACCGUCAGAGCAGAGCAGCCACAUGUCUCCCAACAAAAGCACUAAGCCGGAUGGUCCGUAUUCAUCCAGCCAGUCAAGUAGCAAUACUCUCUCGAGCAACGCCUCCAGCUCCGCCCACAGCGAUGAGAAGUGGUAUGAAGUGGGCUCACGUUCAGGAGUGCGGAGCGAUCUUGAGCUCAACAGCUAUCUUCAGGGCACGUCAACCGACAGUGGCAUCGACGCCUCCUCGUUCACUGCCACACAAAGCAGCACAGCUUCCUCAACCGGUGCCUUCCGGACCAAAGACAAAAUCCCAUGGCAGGAGGACGCAGCUGGCAGCCAGAGGGCCACAGACACUCCACCUCCAAUACCAGACUCACUUGUCGCUAUCGGAGGCAGUGAGAUCCCAGCGAAGAGUCCAACAGGUUUUCCCCUAGUUCACGAUAGUGGCUCCUACAACCUGAGUGAUGCCGCCUCCCACUCCAGCACCCUAAGCUCUGGCCACUCAGGGAGUCCGAUGGGCUGCAGCCCCAUGUCGCCACAAGACGAGGCAGCCGCUGCAGCCACCUCACCCACAUCCCCGAACUGCCAGUCCCCGGGGACCAAGAGUUUCUACCCUCGUCAAGGAGCGACCUCGAAGUACCUGAUUGGCUGGAGGAAACCUGGGGGAACGGUCAACUCUGUGGACUUUGGCAGCACUCGCAAACGGCACCAGAGCGAUGGUCUGCUGGGUGGUCAGCCGCAGCUCAGGGCCAAUCUCCGGGGCUGCCAGUCGCCCCAGCGGCACACUGCCAAGUCCAGCCUGGAAGAAGACUUGAAGAAGCUCAUCACACUUGACAGCCCUCCACCUACUACAAGUGAAGAGAAGCCAUUGUUUCCUGGUCCGCCUCCCACCCGUCGCUCCCUCCAGAGAACCCUGUCAGAUGAGAGUAUUUACAGUGGGCAGAGGGAGCCAUCCUCCAGUGGACAGCGUGACACGCCUACUGACCUUCUGUUCAGCUGCUCCACCAUGCCACGCUCACCCACCACUCGCCAUGGACCAAGCCAGCGAGCGUCACACAAAUCCCUGGGAGACCUGUCAGCCCCAGAGAGCUCAGAGCUGGAACAGGAGAAGAAGAGGCAGCAGCUGCAGGACGCUGUCCUCAUGCCCCUUCCUGACACUGGGGCAGAUGGCCCGCUGGACUGGGCCCACCUGGUAGACGCUGCCAAGGCCUUUGAGGAGCAGAGGCUGGUCUAUCUAGCAGCCCAAGAGGAGAGCUCCAUGCCUGAGAACGCAGCAGCCACCAGCCCCCAGCAGGCAGAGCCUCAGGCAGCCCCGCUGAGACAGCCAUCGCCUGGAGAGACUCCAGCCUGCCUGAUGGGGAAGGUCAGUCAGCUGGAGUCAAUGGUGAAGGUGCUACAGGAGGACUUGAAGAAGGAGAAGGACGCCAAAGCAUCACUGCAGGCUCAGAUCCAGGGCCUGCGAGAGGACAACCAGCGUCUCUUGGAGGAGUCCUACAGCGCCUCAGCCAAGCUCAAAAAGUUCACCGAGAUAUAGUGGAGAGUGAAAGGACCAAUAUCAAAGAUAAACAGGGGAUAAGACUGGACAAAGACCACAAGCCAGGAUCAGACGAAUGAGCCCGGACCCCUAGCACAGCAGAUUGCCCCUGCACCUUCAUUCUUAACAUGUGUGACAGCAUGUGAUUCUGUUUCCAUUGAGCUGUGAUGUGUAAAAAUGUUUAUAUCUAUUAAAGAUAUUUUGUUGAAUUACA